AUGGCUGGCCUUUUAUUAAGUGCUACAGAAAAAGUGUAUAUAUUACACGGUGUUCAGGAUGAUUAUCGGUCUGACGGAAGAACAAAUAUUGACUACAGACCUAUGGAACUUGAAACAGACGUAGUUAGUCAUGCUAGCGGUUCAGCAAGACUUCGCCUUGCAAAUACCGAUAUCCUCGUUGGUGUGAAAACUGAGAUAGACUCGCCAAAACCUGAUAAGCCAAAUUUAGGGAAAAUCGAAUUUUUCGUAGAUUGUUCAGCAAAUGCUACUCCCGAAUUUGAAGGUCGAGGGGGAGAGCAACUUGCCAACAGUAUUUCAAAUAUGAUGCAGAGAGCUUAUCAUUCUUCAGAUGCUUUCAAUUUGAAGCAACUGUGUAUAUUUGAGGGAAAACAAUGCUGGAAACUUUAUGUUGAUAUUUUGAUUUUAGAAUGUGGAGGCAAUCUCUGUGAUGCAGUGUCAUUGGCAGUGAAAGCUGCAUUAUUCAACACAAGGAUACCAUUCGUUAAAGCUGCUCUUAUGGAUGGAGGAAAUGUAGAUCUGCAGCUAUCCGAUGACCCAUAUGACAGUAAACUAUUGGAUGUUGGAACUGCACCUUUGCUUGUAACAUUAUGCAAAAUAGGUGACAAAUGUGUAGUAGAUCCAUCUGCAGAGGAAGAAAGUUGUAGUGUAAUAUCACUUAUUGUAGGGGUCACUGGGAACCCUACAUAUUAUAGUAGUGAAACAAAACCUGCUGAUGUCAAAUGUAAAUGUAGCACUAUUGGGAUGAAUGGCCCAGGAAGUGUGGCCCCAGAGACAUUUAAAGAAGCUAUUAAUCAAGGAAUCAUUGCAGCAAAGUGUCUAGAUGAAGCUCUAGGUAAAACACUUAUACGGGAACGAAGAGAAUGUGAUACUUUCAAAAAGAACUCAUAUGGAUUUCUUAAA